AUGCUAUACUUGGAAGAUUAUUUGGAAAUGAUUGAACAUUUACCCCAAGAGCUUCGAGAUAGGUUUACAGAAAUGAGAGAACUGGAUUUACAAGUUCAAAAUUCAAUGGAUAGUUUGGAAAAGAGAGUGAAGUUCUUUUUUUCAAAUGCAAAGAGAAUGAAACCUGCGGAGAAAGAAGCAGAAUAUGAAACCAUUAGGAAAGAUUAUUACAAAACACUUGAAGAUGCUGAUGAGAAAGUGCAAUUAUCAAAUCAAGUUUAUGAUUUAGUUGCCAGAUAUUUAAGACGGCUAGAUCAAGAAACUCAUAAGUUUAAAUUAGAAUUAGAGGCUGACCACAGUGGAAUAACUGAAAUAUUAGAAAAACGAUCUCAUGAUAUGGACAACAUCACUUCAACAAAUUCAAGUCAAAAAGAAAAUCGGUAUAGUUUUGCCCCAUCACAAAGAAUUAGUCAUCAUGAAAAAAGAAGGGAUUCUGGAAGUUCUGAAUUGAAAAGAGUAAAUGUUGAAAAAAUUAUCCCGGAUAUAAGAGUUUCAAGUACUAAUGUAACAACUACUGUAACACCUGCAGUUUAUUCCCUCGGUCAUAUUGGUGCUGGUGGAUCAGCAAUAGCUGCAGCUGCGUCUCAAGCUAUUGCUGCUACUCAGCAGAUGCAGCAGGGAAGGCGGACUGCUAGUUUGAAAGCGUCAUACGAGGCAAUUCAUUCUGGUAGUGGUGGAGGAACUGGAGGUGGCAGUGGUUCAGGACAUGGUCAUGAAAUCAGUAUCAGUAAAGAGUUAGCUGGAGCAGCACAAACAGCAAUCGCGGCCAUACAAGACACUCAUAAAAAACAUAAAAAGAAAUCGAGUAUAUUAUCCAGUGUUUCAAGUGGUUUGAAUGCAACACCUGCAUCCUCUCCAGCAUCUAUUCCAUCACCUUCUGAACCACCAUCUGUUUCAUCUGACAGAAAUUCAGAAAGCUAUGAUCCAAAUGAGCCAAGAUACUGUAUUUGCAAUGAAGUUGCCUUUGGGACAAUGGUUGCCUGCGACAACAAAACGUGCCCUUAUGAAUGGUACCAUUAUCCAUGUGUUGGAAUAACAGAUAAACCCAAAGGAAAGUGGUAUUGUCCGCAUUGUACUGCUGCUAUGAAGAGAAGAAAUCGAAAAAAUCAAUAA